CUCUUUGUUAUCUAACCACGGCCUUAUCUGUUUUUCGCAAAAUCGUCGAAAUUCCUAAAGAGCGGUAUCCAGGCACACCACCUGUUUGAUAUUUGUCGUAAAUCGUUGAAGUUCCUAAAGAGCUGUCCACGCACACCACCUGUUUGAUAUUCUGUCGCGUCACUUUACCCUCGUCUCCUUCCUGGUAAAAAUCCUGAACUUUCGUCCUCGUAACACCUUUCAAAUUCUAGUAACUCUUCUGUUCCUUUAACUACAUUCUUACCUAGCUUUUCUUAGGUUGUCAUUUGCAUGUAAGCUAUAUGUACUUCAACCGAUUCUACAAAAUAAACAGUACCUUCAAUAAUUUAUCUUUGCAGUUUCGCCGUUUCUUGAGAACCCAAAAUGUAAAUAAAGUAGAUUUGUAUUUCCAGAGAGCGAGACUUAUUGAUUCAAUCAGACUCGCUCUUCGGUCUAAUUCUUCAGAUAAUCUUAUUCCCCAUCUCGAGAAUCCUACUUUGGACUCUUUCGUAGUCACUAAUGCACUUCAAUCAGCUCCCUCUCCUGAUUCAGCUCUCAGUUUGAUUGAGAAUCUCAAAACAAUUCCCCAUUUCGCGCAUACCCACAACACACUUUAUGCAUUGGCCAAGGUUCUUGCUAAGGCGCAUGAAACUGCUAAACUCCAAGCCCUUAUCAAUGCCAUUAAUUCGGGCAAGUUCAUUAAUGUUGCGCGUGUUAGUUAUAUGGAUCAGAUGCGAUGGUAUGCUAUUAGUAAAGAGUUUAAGGAGGUUGUUCGUGCCUGGGACGAGUGGAGGAUAACCCUUCAAAAGCAUCCGUGUACUGAGUCUUAUAACAUUGUAAUGGGACUAUGUGUUCAGUUGGGUAAGGACAGUGAUGCUGUGAGGGUAUUCCAUAGAAUGAUCGAAGAAGGGGCACUUCCUAAUUGUAGGACGUACACUAUUCUAAUUGAGCAUCUUGUUAGAUCGAGAAAGUUGGAUUCAGCCAUUGAGCUUUUCCACAUGUUGCCUCAUGUUAGGAUGAAACGGACAUUAAAGCAGUAUUCUGUUCUAGUGGAAGCAUUCAGUAUUGCCAAUCAAUUAGAUGUUGUCAAAAUUUUGCUUGAUCAGAUGAAGAGUGAUGGAAUAUUGCCUGGUGAAGCUAUGCUUUGGUCAUUCCAGCAGAUGCAGGAUGCUGGUUAUGAUGCUGAGACAAAUGAAUUGCUAAGGGACAUGUUACCGGAUGGGAGGAUUAAGAAGAUAGGUUACUCUAUGGACAGUAGUGAAGACGAUAAUGAUGAUGAAGAUGAAGAUAAAGAGAGUGACUGUGACCAUACUAAUGUUGUGGAUCAACCUCACCUGAAGCCAUGGUUGGAUCCAGCUUCUUUAGCUAAUGCUUUGCGGAAAUGGGGAGCUGAGGAGGUGUCAGCAUUGGAGGAUGCAAAAUUAGUUUGGACGACUAGGUUGGUUUGCAAGAUGAUCAGGAGCUUCAAGUCAGCAGAAACAGCUUGGCAAUUCUUCUGCUGGGUUGCUUGUCAGCCAGGAUUCAAUCAUGAUAUAUACACAAUUUCAAGAAUGAUCACAAGAUUAGCUCGCCAAGGAUGUGUCGAUUUGGUUGAUCAACUUUUGUCCAAGGUUGAAAGAGAGGGCAUUCAAUUGUCAUUCAGCACGGUUCAGUUAAUUAUAGAUUUUUAUGGGAUUUCUGGUAAUGGGGAUCCCGCCCUUAGGGUUUUCAAUAGCAUUAAAACGAUCUGUGGUCCGAUAUCUAAAAGCAGUCAGCUGCUUCUGUACUCAUCUCUUCUAAGGACUUUGGUAAAAUGUAAUAUGAACCCGGACGCCUUAAAUAUUCUCGAAGAAAUGAGUUUACUCGGAAUUGUUCCAGAUUUGCAAACAUAUUCUGGACUAAUGAACCAUUUUGCGCUUCAUGGAGAUAUAAAAACUGUGCAGAGGCUUUUUGGGAUGGUCAGGCAGAGCGGUAUAGAGCCUGAUGCUUAUAUGUAUAAAGUUCUCAUCCAUGCUUAUUGCAAAUGUGGAAGAGCUGCUCUUGCACUCAGGGUUUUUGAGGACAUGAGGAACUCGAGGUUGUUGCCUGAUGCUAACACCAAACAAUUGCUUGUCAAGAGUCUCUGGAAGGAAGGCAAGCUACGAGAAGCUGCUUCUGUAGAAGAGAGAACCGAGGAAAUAAGUGAUGCUCUUCCCCUUGCUUUGCCUGGACAUAUGUUUACAGUGAGCUCUGCAGAUCUUUCAAGAGUCUAUAACAUUUACUCCAAAAGUUUCCAGUCGACAUGUAGUUGAAGGACUUUGUCAUUGAUCAGGAUAUAGAGAUGUAGUGCUUUUCCAGGUCAAUAAGCGUCUUCCUUCAUAUUUCAGGUCAACAUCAUCAACAUCAAGCCUCAUUAAGGAGGUCUGGUUAUAUGUUUAUAGCAUUUUAAUUAUGUUGAUCAGAAAUGAAAGCUUGAUCUUUGUAAUACUGUUGCUGAAAAUCACGAACGAUCAACCAGCCUUUUACUUGGCAUCUGACCAAAACUCCUAGUUGUCGAUAAUGUUGCUGUUUACUUAUAUGUGGUGAUAUCGCAAAUCACCUAUUUGCUAGGGUUUAGUUUCUAUCUUGUAUUUCUACUUUGUAAUCAAGAUAUACUCGUGAUAUAUGUUUUAUCAGAGCGUAGAGCUUUUGCUUUUUCGUACGCUCUCAGAUUUUCGUACGUCCACA